AACUUGGAGACGUUCGAUAACUCAACGGCUGUCUCCCAGGUCAACCACUCCUUCAGCAUUGUUUUCCAACCCAAAGCUUCCAUAUCCAAAUUCUCACAAUUGCAGCAGCAUUGCAACAGUAUCAUCUCGAUUGGCAGCACCUGAACCUCCAAACCAGACCAAAGCAAACCAUGAUGUCUGAUCUUUUUGAGCCACCCAAAACGCCAUUGAUGAGUGACAGUCACUCGAUGGAGACUCCCUAUGCGAAAGUCGGCCACAAACACCUGCGAUCUCCUCCAUCCUUCCGAUUCCAUCAAGACAACAGUCCUGAGGAGGGCCCAAUGACGAGUGUUGGCUUGGAUCUAAUGGUCCCCAUAUUGGAAGACACUUCUCAUAGUCAGCUACCCAUGGGACUCCAAACUCCCACCAACGAUACCAAGAGGAAUCAUCCCCUUGUUCCGUAUACUCCCACUGCGGCGUUUGCACACUAUUGUCGUCAUUCCUUGCCCAUGCGAGUCCGACAGCAGCAUGUCACUACUGGGACAACAACGACGACGUGUGCUGGCAAUCCGGAAUCCUCGUGGAGUGUGGUUUGGGAACCCAGAUUUCCAAUGGAUCAAGACCGGCGGCGUCAUCCCGAUGAUCCCGUUCCCGAGUCACUGUGCGUUCCGAAUGAACGCAUGCUUCUGGAUGAAACAAAAGAAGAAGAGACGAGAGAACAAGUGGAAGAAUCGAAUGGACAUGUAGAUCAACCCUUUGUGCUGCGACGACUAGAACCCAAGCGACGACGAGCAUGUAGCGAUUCACCAUGGCAUCAUCCCAGACAGAGACAGUGUACGGACAAGCCACCCAAAAGCUGGAGGAAUGGUGACAGCAUCAUGAUGCCCGCCAUUCGGUAGUGGUGCAACCGUCCUUGAAUCAAAAGACAAGACAGACGGACAAGCAAGAUCAACCUCCAACUGAUGCGCACAUGCACAUCAUUCAGAAUGAUAUUUAUAUUAAUAGUAGUAGAGGAAAGGUACGGUAUAGGAAGGGGCUCACAAUACCGGUACUAGCAUACCGUUAUGGGCCAGAGUCUAUCUUAAAACGAAAAACGAAAAACUCGAUCAAUCUGAAACGAUCUAUUCUACAUACUAGCUAGUAAGAGUGCCAAUUAACUGUGCCGGGUGCCCGUACGGAAUGUGAUUCGAUUCCAAGUCC